AAAUAAACUAAACCAGAGGACCCAUUCUCACUAGCUACGUGGAGUCCAAUGAAGAAAAGAGAAGAAGAAAGAAGCAAUCCAUGGCUUGAACGAGGGAUCUGUAUCACCCUACCCUGUCCUAGGAGCAUACACUAGACCAAAUAGUAUUUCAACAGCGAAUCAUUUUCUACAUUAAAAUAUAUUAUUUAGCUUGAAAAUCUUAGACCCUUUAAUACAAACCCUUGGGCUUGGAUACUUCACUCAGAAAGGAAGUCCUGCGGGAAUCAAGAAAUCAAGGGAGCCCAAAGAAAUGGCGAGGGGAGCAGCUCUUCUUCACUUGCUUCGAUCUCAAACCAAACAAUUCUCAGCCAGCAGAAACUUCCACUCAGGCUAUCAUCCUUGUCAGUUUGGCACAUGGUCACACAGUCUGUGCGCCAAAUCCAACUUCAACCAUGACACUCUUCUUGCUGCUACUCAGAAAAGAUGGGCAUCUCAAGCUAAAACAACAGAAGAUGACAAUAAGAUCAGCAUUGGACCCCGUGGAGGGAAGGAAGUGGGGCAGGAUGAAAAAGAGACUGGGGUAGUAUAUUAUGGUCCGAUCUCAUCCACCGUCAAGAAAGUAAAAUUGCUCUCUCUUUCAACCUGCUGCCUGUCCGUAUCCUUGGGUCCUGUCAUAACUUUUAUGACAUCUCAAGACUCAAAUGUCAUCCUGAAGGGGGCAGUUGCUUCUUCUGUCAUAUUCUUUAGUGCUUCGACCACUGCUGCUCUACACUGGUUUGUUAGCCCUUACAUCCACAAGCUUAGAUGGCAGCCUGGCUCAGACAGUUUUGAAGUGGAGAUGAUGUCCUGGUUGGGAAUCUACAUUCCAAAGACUAUCAAAUUUGCUGAUAUCCGGCCUCCAGAAACCAACAGGCCUUUUGUGACAUUUAAGGCCAACGGAAAUUUCUACUUUGUUGAUGCAGAGCACUGUCAUAACAAGGCAUUGUUGAAUAGACUGACCCCCAAAAAAUCUGCUCACGAGUCUGCUUUCAAAAAUCUGUGAUAGGAAAAUAUGGUGAUGACUGGCCUGCAAGGUUUUGAGAACAGUAGGACCUGAUUUUACAUGACGGUUUGCGAUAAGCUCUGGCCUAGUUUUGAGCCAAUGGGCAUUUUUUUUCAUAGUUGCGAGACAAGGUUUCUCAGACAAGAUAAAUAACCAAUAUUUGAUGUUUAUAUUUUAAUGUUA